CCACCACUUGCUCCUCUAUCUUUCUGUUUUCCUUUUCACUACCUCUAUCGCUCUCCUUUUUUCUCACUCUCCUCGAUCUCGUUCUUCUGUUUUGGUUAGCUUCAAAGUUAACAUCACUCUACGUGGAGACUCAAUCAUCAUGCUCAACCACUCUCAAGCUCUUUCUCUCUCUCUCUCUUUCGCUCUCUAGCAUUGUAACCAUCCUCUAAACGCAACCUUCGACUAUAUAUAACACAAUCCAAGCUCUCACAUUUCCGCACAAAACCCUGAAAGAUAAACAAGCAUGGCUUCUGGUUACAAUAGUAAGCUUUCCCUUCUUGCUCUUCUUCUAAGUGUAUUAGCAUUGUUGCUAUGCACGUUUCAUCUGGUACAUGCGCGUCCACCCUUUGCUUGCGACCCCCGGAACCCGUUGACGAGAGGCUUCAAGUUCUGCAGGACGAAGGUGCCGGUCCACGUCAGGGUUCAGGACCUCAUCGGACGAUUGACACUGCAGGAGAAGAUUAGGCUGCUGGUGAACAAUGCCAUAGCUGUGCCGAGGCUUGGCAUUCAGGGGUACGAGUGGUGGUCGGAGGCGCUUCAUGGCGUCUCCAAUGUGGGCCCCGGAACCAAGUUCGGCGGGGCAUUUCCCGGCGCCACUAGCUUCCCUCAAGUCAUCACCACCGCCGCUUCCUUCAAUCAAUCACUAUGGCAACAAAUAGGACAGGUGGUGUCUGAUGAAGCAAGAGCGAUGUACAACGGAGGCCAAGCUGGUUUGACAUAUUGGAGCCCGAAUGUGAACAUAUUCCGUGACCCGCGAUGGGGAAGAGGGCAAGAGACUCCUGGGGAGGACCCUGUCCUGGCUGCUAAGUAUGCUGCUAGCUAUGUCAAGGGUCUCCAAGGUGAUGGAGCCGGAAAUCGGCUUAAGGUUGCUGCCUGUUGCAAACAUUACACCGCCUAUGAUCUCGACAAUUGGAAAGGCGUCGAUCGCUUCCAUUUUAAUGCCAGGGUUAGCAAGCAGGACUUAGCAGACACAUAUGACGUGCCUUUUCAAGGCUGUGUAUUAGAAGGGAGGGUUGCUAGUGUCAUGUGUUCAUACAACCAAGUCAAUGGAAAGCCUACUUGUGCUGACCCGGAUCUCCUGAAGAACACAAUCCGUGGCCAAUGGAAACUCAAUGGGUACAUAGUCUCAGACUGUGACUCGGUGGGAGUCUUAUAUGAUGACCAGCAUUACACUAGGACACCGGAAGAAGCAGCGGCUGACGCGAUUAAAGCGGGUUUGGAUCUGGACUGUGGGCCUUUCCUUGCAAUCCAUACAGAGGGUGCCAUAAAGGCCGGCCUACUACAAGAAAUUGAUGUGAACUAUGCACUAGCAAACACUCUUAUGGUCCAAAUGAGACUCGGGAUGUUCGACGGAGAACCUUCAGCCCAACAAUACGGAAAUUUAGGCCCAAGAGAUGUUUGCACCCCGGCACACCAAGAGUUGGCACUAGAAGCUGCUAGACAAGGAAUUGUCUUGCUUCAGAACAAUGGGCAUGCGUUGCCUCUCUCUACAGUGCGUCAUCGUACCGUAGCUGUAAUUGGGCCUAAUUCAGAUGUAACCGUCACGAUGAUAGGAAAUUAUGCCGGUGUUGCAUGUGGCUACACAACUCCCCUGCAAGGAAUUGGGAGAUACACAAAGACUAUCCAUCAACAAGGGUGCACUAAUGUUGCUUGCACCGGAAACCAACUGUUUGGAGCAGCUGAGGCUGCAGCCCGUCAGGCAGAUGCGACCGUCUUAGUCAUGGGCCUCGACCAAUCUAUCGAAGCAGAAUUCCAGGAUAGGACCAACUUGUUCCUGCCAGGACACCAACAAGAGCUCGUGUCGAGAGUGGCUCGAGCGUCUAGAGGCCCAACUGUAUUGGUCUUGAUGUCGGGCGGCCCAAUUGAUGUGUCCUUCGCAAAGAACGACCCAAAAAUUGGAGCCAUAGUUUGGGUUGGAUAUCCUGGUCAAGCAGGAGGAACCGCAAUUGCUGAUGUUCUGUUUGGUACUACCAAUCCAAGUGGCAAGCUACCAAUGACAUGGUACCCCCAAGAUUACGUAUCCAAAGUGCCAAUGACAAACAUGGCCAUGCGAGCUGGAAGAGGCUACCCUGGUAGGACUUACCGGUUCUACAAAGGUCCGGUGGUAUUUCCCUUCGGUCUCGGCUUAAGCUACACCACCUUUCACCAUUCACUAGCUCAAGUCCCCACGGCGGUUUUGGUGCCCCUCGCAAGUCUAAGUGCCACCACAAACUCCACCCUGCUAAGCAGCGCUGUGAGAGUCAGCCACACAGAUUGCAAUCCUCUCUCACUUGCUCUUCAUGUUGAUGUUAAAAACACCGGAGCUAGGGAUGGAACUCAUACUCUUCUAGUUUUCUCGAGCCCACCUUCUGGAAAAUGGGCCGCGAACAAGCAAUUGGUCGGCUUUCACAAGGUCCAUAUUAUAGCCGGGUCUCAAGAACGGGUCAAGGUUGAUGUCCAUGUCUGCAAGCACCUCAGCGUUGUAGACCAGUUUGGGAUUCGAAGAAUUCCCAUCGGUGAACAUAAGCUUCAGAUUGGAGAUCUGGAGCAUCACAUCUCCAUUGAAGCCAAAAUUUAGGAGCUAUUAGAUCAUAAUUAGGAACUAUCAGAACAAAAGAAAGGAAUUUGAUAGCCACACUCAUAAUUAUGUGAUAGUAAUGAUUAGUUCUUAGCAGUAGUCUUCCCUUUCCCAUAUCAAGGUGAAAAAGUCUGCCACUAUGGUGAAGGAAAGAUGACACAAGAUUAUCGUGUUGAGCAAGGUUUGAAAUAAAAGAAGUAUUGAAUUAUUCAGAA